AUGCGAAGUGCGCUGUGUUAUGUUCUGUUGCAAGUGUAUGUAUUUGCAUUAGCAACAAACCCCAGAAGUGUGGACGUAGCUUUAGAAACCACGUUUGAAUUCAACAACAAACAAGAUGUCGAAAUCAUAGAGAAAGUGCGCAAUUUCCUUAGUAAAAUAGAAGCUGCUGUCGACAAGAAAUUUGUUCUGCGCGGUGUUUCUCGAGAUGUUAAAUACGAAUUCCGUGACUUUUUAGAAGAGCUUAUAACCACGCUAAAUUCGUACAAUGAUAGUGAUUUCAAAGAAGUUUUCAAACUAUUGUAUGAAGAAAUACGCGACCAACGAUAUAAAAGAUCCAAAUUCAAUGAGUUAUUUGAUAAUGAGGACCUUAGAUAUAUUACCUUUGAAGUUUUGAACAAAAUAAAUGAAGCACCAGUACAGUUACUGCGGAUUCGGAUGAAGAAAUUUCUGAAAAGCUUAAACAGCACCAGAACUGAUAAUCAAAACACUAAUUUUAUAAACUUCUUUAACUUUCUCUACAAAAACAAGUCCCGCAAAAAAUUUAAAAAGGUUUUGAGAAAAUUCAAACGCUACGGGGAAAGGCCUGCAGAGUCUGAUUUAAAUCUAAAGGACAUCAUUAGAAGUACUCUAAACUUCCUUAUUUAUGAUCACUUCAACAAUCUAGACGAUAGCAUUCGUCACGAUGUUAAGGCUUGGCUUGGAUCUAUUCGGCAAAACUCUCAUUUUAAAACAACAUCUAAAAAACUGACAGAUAUCAAGCGUUCUAAAAAAGGUAAAGUUAAAUCCAUAACAACCAAAAAGAGGUUCAAAAACAGAAAUACAAAUUUACAAGCAACAAGCCAUAAAACUUUCGUCACUUUAUAUCCCGAAGCUAUUGUUUUUAACACAAAGAAAAAGCUAAAAAGAAUAUCGCCAGUGCCGUUAUGGAAGGAACGUACAGCUUCGAACAGAAAUUAUCUUUAUUUAGUUAGGGAUUCCAAUGCAACGGACACAAUAAAGGAGAAUGUAUUUGACAAAGACGUUGCAAAUCAGUCCGAGAACACGAGUUCUGAUAGUCCAGAGUUUAGAUGGAGAGCCACUAAUACACGUUGGAAAGAUUCUACAAAGUUGUAUGAUCAGUUCGAAAACCAACAAAAGACAAUGACCCAUAUGUUGUCUCCACCUAUCCCGUCAAAGAGUUUUACUUUAGAAAAUUUAAAUACUUCUAAGACACAAGAGCCACGAAGAAAUGCUUAUAAGAAUGAUGAAGAUUUAUCAAAUGAAAAAGCAAAUGAAAGUGGUCUGAAAGAAUCAGCGUCAGCAAAAUAUUUAGAUAGGAUUAAAAAGAUUGAAGAAGAACUAAAUGAAAUGAAGAAAGAGAUAAAAGCAAAAAUAUAUUCAAGAACAAAGCAAUACACAACAGAAACAAUUCAAUUAUUAGAUGAGUAUAAGGGCUUUAUUGGUAGAGAGGAAGAUAUUUACCCGAGCAAGACAUCGGAUGUCUCGGUUGUUGAUAGAAAGUACGCAGAAAAUACAAGCGAGCAUUCACACUUACGUAAUGAAACAUCAAAAUCUGAUUUAGUAUUCAGAAGCGAUAAAUUUAAUAAUAUGAAAGAAAAUGAUAUAUUUGGGGACGAACUUUUAUUACGAGAUACUAAAGAAGUAACGUCAGUUGAUGUCGUACAUAGUGCUACUAUUAAACCUGAACUCAGUACAUUAAAUAUAAAUAUAUCUAGUAGGGUAGGUGAGAAUUCAACUAUAUUUACAGAUCAUAUUCCUAAAAGCACAGAGCUCAUUGCACCUAAAACUGAAACAGUCACCCUACCAGUUGUAAGUGAAAGUGACACGAAAAUCUUGAUUGAAGAAGUGAAUGUUCCAAAAAAUGUUACUUUUACCCAAAUGCCAGUAAAUGUCGAAUCUGAUAUAACUGUUUCCAAAGAGUUUUCAAAUAAAUCCUCAUCUUUGGGCUACGCGGAACACAUAAGUUUGAAAAUAUAA